AUGCCUCCGCAUUUACCUAUACACCGCAUGCUAUGCCAAUGCGUGUCCCGCAGCCCCGCAGCACGACCAUCACAUGUGCGCUUUCUAUCCUCCUCACAACUGCUCCGCUCCACUGCCAACCCGUUACGGAAUGCUUCCCGAUCUGCGCGAAAGAGCCAUGGCGAAUAUAAGCGGUCCGUUGCAAUCUCUGCUGCUGGGAUGAUCUCGUGCGCAGUCGCCAUGUUCGGAGUGAUAACGAUCUAUUUCCCAGAUGGUGUCCAAAAGAAAAGCCGGGAAGGGCAAGAUAACAAUGCAGCGAUUAAGCUCGAUGGGCCGUCGGGACUCAUUGCUACGAAUGAUGCGACAGUCGUUAUUGACGGCGUUGAGCAGGUUCCCACGGGAAACUCGACCGUUCCGCAUUUCCCGAAAUCAAUCCGUUUGCCUAAGACUCUCGACUCACCUACAUCUCGCCCGGCAGCCGCACUGGUUAUUGGAGAGGAGGUGAAGAAAGGCGAUGGCAAAGAAGAAGAAUAUCAUCUACUUGGCCUAGGAAUUCGCACUGUUUCAUUCCUCAGCAUCCAGGUAUACGUUGUCGGACUCUACAUCGCGGCUUCGGACGUGGCCGCGCUACAGAAGCGACUGGUCAGACAAGGUGCCUCUCCAGUAACGAGCGCACCCGAUAGCGCUGUAACAGCUACAUCUUUGGUACCACACGAACGAGACGAGCUCAAAAAGAUACUACUUGAUCCAGAGCGGGGCGAGGACGUUUGGAACCAGAUCCUGAAAGAAGGCGGCAUCCGAACAGCCCUCCGCAUCAUUCCCACACGGAAUACGGAUUUCCUACAUCUCCGCGACGGAUGGGUUCGUGCGAUAACGGCGCGCGCGCAAAAGGCAAACGCGAAAGCGAAGGAGCUUGCUGCGAAGGAGGGAUCGAGUUCUCCGGCCGUCUCGGAGUUUGGUGAAGACUCUUUUGGGCUAGCUAUGGGCGAGUUCAAGGCUCUGAUGGGUGGCGGGGUGCGCAAGAAUGUGCCCAAGGGACAGACACUAAUGCUACUUCGGGAUAGAGUGGGCGCUUUGGAGAUACUGUAUCAGCCUGGGGAUAAAAAACCAAUGCUGUGGUUGGGUGAGGUUGCGGAUGAGCGGGUUAGUAGGCUGUUGUGGAUGCAAUACCUUGCAGGGAAGAAUGUUGCUAGUGAUGGAGCAAGACAGAAUAUCAUCGAGGGGGUUAUGGGCAUUGUUGAGCGGCCAGUUGGUACAGUGGAACAAAUGGUUGCCUGA